AUGCCUUAUGCUAAAGAUUUUGAACCUGUUGCCUUGAAGAAUACCAAUUUGUUCAAGCCAAUCAAGGUUGGUGACACGGAGAUGAAACAGCGUAUUGUGAUGCCUCCAUUGACAAGAAUGAGGGCUGAACACCCUGGUAACGUCCCUAACAAGAAAUGGGCUUACACAUAUUACCAUCAAAGGUCCCAAAGACCAGGAACAAUGAUUAUCACUGAAGGUACAUUUAUUUCUCCUCAGGCUGGUGGGUACGACAAUGCACCAGGUAUCUGGUCUAAGGAACAAAUUGAGCAAUGGACGAAGAUCUUCCAAGGUAUUCAUGACAACAAGUCGUUCGUUUGGGUCCAAUUGUGGGCUUUGGGUAGAGCUUCGUUUCCUGACACGCUAGCUCGUAAUGGGUUACGUUACGAUGCUCCCUCAGAUGGAGUGUACAUGGACAAGGAAUCCGAAGAGAAGGCUAUCAAGUCGGGCAAUUUACAACAUGGGUUAACACAAGCUGAAAUCAAACAGUACAUUAAGGAGUAUGUUCAAGCUGCUAAGAACUCUAUUGCUGCUGGUGCCAAUGGUGUUGAAAUCCAUGCUGCUAACGGGUACUUGUUGAACCAAUUCUUAGACCCUAUUGCUAACAAGAGAACGGAUGAGUAUGGUGGAAGCAUUGAGAAGAGAGCCCGUUUCGUCUUAGAAGUGGUAGAUGCUCUGGUAGCUGCCGUGGGUGCCUCCAAGGUUGGUAUUAGGUUUUCUCCAUACGGGUUGUUCAACACGAUGUCUGGUGGUGCUGACCCCACGCUAUUAGCACAAUAUGCUUACGUGUUGGGUGAAUUAGAGAAGAGAGCAAUUGAGAAGAAGCAACGUCUUGCCUACGUGCAUCUCGUGGAACCCAGAGUGACCAACCCCUUCUUGACUGAAGGUGAAGGUGAGUACGGUGAUGGUACCAAUGAUUUCGCCUAUUCCAUCUGGAAGGGUCCUAUCAUUAGAGCCGGUAAUCUUGCCUUGCACCCUGAUGUGGCUAGCCAAUUAGUGAAUGCAAACGACAGGACCUUGUUGGCCUACGGUAGAUACUUCAUCGCCAACCCGGACUUGGUGGACAGACUAGAACAGGGGUUGCCCUUGAACAAGUACGAUAGAAGCCAGUUCUACUCCAUGACUUCCGAGGGGUACAUCGACUACCCCGAGUACGGCAAGUAA